ACUCCAAUGGAAGCAGAGGUACGACGAGAUUCAUUCAAGACGUUCUGGGAUAAAUACUCUGAUAAAGCGGAUACAAACACGAUGAUGCUCAAUCAUACUGCCAACGAUCUUGAUGCCAGUGACAGAGAAAAUAUCCUCUCCAGUCUUCCAGUUCUCACAAACAAGGACGUUGUGGACAUUGGAGCAGGAAUUGGAUCCACAAGGACUACGACAGCAUGUCUAGGCGACAACCUGAGGCGAACUUUGGCCAUGCCGAGCUCGGGACUCCAGGGAAACACAAUGGCUAAAUCAGCAACACUUCGAAAAAAGGAGCGUGCUGGAGCUGGCACAACCGGUGAGGGCAGGCCUUCCAAGCUCAAAUAUCCAACUCUCCUCAAAAACGCCCAAAUUUUCCUAGAACGUUCACGUAACGCGUCUUCUAUUAACGCGUACGCGACGGAGUCUUUCGACGUUACCGCGCUUUACACCAACGUAUCGAAUGACUCCGCAAUGCAAGCCAUCUUCGAACUUCUUAUUGAACAUGAAGGAAGAAUAGGUAUGCAUGGCUUGUCCAUCCAUCAGCUAAUGGUUCUGUUAAAGGAGUGCCUAAACUGCUCGGUUUUCAGAUGCUCUGAAGAAUAUCUCGAGCAAAUAAGAGUGUUGGCAAUGGGACAGCGACUGGCACCAAGCCUUGCCAUUGUGUUUAUGUCUAAGAUAGAAGCUUCUGUUCUCGAUCUCCGACCACUAAUCUACUGCAGAUAUGUAGAUGACACAUUAUACUUCCAUGUGAUUUCUGUGCGGUUAGUCUCUACGUGA